UCGCCCGUGGGUUAUAAUAGGAUCCGACAGAAGAAUCAAUCGGGUGAGACCCGUACCCAUCACUAAAAUUGCGUUGAUCAUCACCAUGCAGACGGGUGUUGUUGAUUUCUGAUUCAAUUUGCUCUAAUUUCUAAUCUCAUCUUCAUUUUUUGACUGAAUAACAGUAUUCUCAAUUUCUGAUUUCAUCUUCAGCUUGUUCUGAUUUCUAAUUUCACCACACCACUGGAUAGCCAUAUUCUGGAUAAUGCACUCUGUUCUUCUGAUGAGAUUGACCUAUUGCCGCAGUUUCUGUUAUCACAGGUUGCGUCUUCGAGAAUGUCGUCAGGUAUUAAUAAUACGAUUAUUAUUACUAUUUGUUAUUUUUCUAUGGCAGCCGUGGAAUUGGAAGAGAAUGAAUGAAUGAGUGAUAAAAGAAAAGUGAUAUGAAGCAGUGAAUCAAAUAUUCACAGGGGUUUACUCAGAGAUGAUAUGGGGAGUGCAACGAAGCUUAUUGUGGAUGCCCUGCUACAACGCUUCAUUCCACUUGCUAGACGUCGGAUUGAAACAACACACUUACAUGAUGGACAUUAUCACCGGCCAUUAGAUCCCGCCUAUGAGCAAGUGUUGGAUUCCUUAGCUUUGGUGGCCCGCCACAUGCCCGUAUCUCUUCUUGAAGCACUUCUUAGGUGGAGAGACAUUGAGUCCCCGAAAGGUGCAAAUGAUACGUCUACGUUCCAGAAAAAGCUGACGGUAGAGUGCAUUUUUUGCUUGGCAAGCAUACGCUUUGUGCAGUGUUGUCCGCCUGACGGACUUACAGAUAAACUCUGGACUGGGCUUGAACAUUUUGUAUUUGAUUGGUUAAUCAAUGCUGACAGGGUUGUAAGUCAGGUUGAGUAUCCGUCAUUGGCUGAGCUGCGUGGGCUCCUUCUGGACCUCGUUUCACAUCUCGUGGGUGCUCUAUCACAAAUCAGAUUCAUCCCUGUGACCGGACGGUUUAUCAUGGAACUAAAUGCGCGUCGGAUUGAUACUAGUGGUGCUCGAAGCGAAACACUUAGUAUAAUUAACGGGAUGCGCCAUCUAAGGCUUGGGGUCAAGACUGAUGGUGGUCUUAACAUGUCAGCAUCCUUUGUGGCAAAAGCAAAUCCUCUUAAUCACGCUCCCACCAAACGAAAAGGUGAACUUCACCAUGCCCUUUGCAGGAUGCUGUCAAGCAUUUUAGCACCACUUGCAGAUGAUAAUAACUGUCACUGGCCUCCUUCUGGUGUACAUCGUGCACUUACUGUGUGGUAUGAAGCUGUCGCACGGGUAAGAAUGCAGAUCAUUCAUUGGGCAGAUAAACAGAGCAAGCAUAUACCCGCAGCAUACCCUUUAGUGACUUAUCUUCUCUGUCUUGGUGAUCCUCUUGUGUUUCUUAGUAACUUUGGUCCUCAUACAGAACAAUUGUAUAAACAACUUAAGGAUAAGAAUAAUCGGUUUAUGGCACUGGAUUGUCUUCACCAUGUUACGAGAUUUUAUUUGGGCGUUCACGGGCGUUCUCAGCCGUCAAAUCGUGUGUGGGAUUAUCUCGACAGCGUGACUUCACAACUUCUUACGAUUCUUAGGAAAGGAAUGCUUACACAUGAUGCCCAACAUGAUAAACUUGUUCAGUUGUGCGUUACUAUAGGCGGACACAACCUUGAUUUUUGCAUUAACCAUCUGAUUUUAGAAAUGCUUAAACAAGAUAGUCCCAGCGAGGCGAAGAUUAUCGGUCUUCGUGCUUUACUCGACAUUUCAAUGUCUCCAACAAGUGGCCAUGUUGGCUUGGACAUCCUUCUAGCUCACGAUUUAGCGCAUUACGUUCCGAAAGUAAAGAUUGCGAUCGAGUCUAUAUUAAGGUCAUGUCAUAGAGCUUACAAUCUGGCGCUUCUCACUUCUUCAAAGACAACUAUAGAUGCUAUUACAAAGGAAAAAUCACAAGGACACCUUUUUAGGUCGGUUUUAAAGUGCAUACCGUACCUAAUUAAAGAUGUUGGUCGAAGUGAUAGAAUCACUGAGAUAAUACCUCAACAUGGGAUAAGCAUUGAUCAUGGUGUCCGUGAAGAAGCAAUGCAAGUACUCGAUCGAAUUGCGAGAUGUCAUCCUGAUCGUCGAUUUGCGGUUGUGAGAGGUAUGAUGAACUUCAUCCUACGGCUCCCGGAUGAGUUUCCUCUUCUUAUUCAAACAACAUUAGGACACCUUUUGGACCUCUUGAGAUUAUGGAGAUCUUGCCUUGUAGAUGAAAAUAUUGAGCAUGAUGUUGCACAUGCAAAGCAUGUGCAGAUAAACCUAAGAUCGAAGAAAUCUUCUUUCAAUCAUGGAGAACCGAUUGAAUUCCAUUCUUCGGAGAUUGAUGCGAUUGGUCUUAUCUUUCUUACCUCUGCUGAUAGUCAGAUUAGACACACAGCAUUGGAAUUACUACGGUGUGUACGUGAUUUACGCAGCGAUAUACAAACCUGUUUGUUACGUGAGAAGUUGGAUUUCAUUAAAGACGAAGCUGAACCAAUACUUAUGGUGGAUGUUUUUGAGGAAAAUGGGGAUGAUAUUGUUCAAAGCUGCUAUUGGGAUUCCAACCGAGAAUCUGAUGUGGCACCACCUGAUGCAACACUUGAGGCCAUUCUUCAUGAAAAUCAUGAUAAGAAUAGAUGGGCUCGGUGUCUUAGUGAGCUUGUUAAAUACGGUGCAUUGCUCUGCCCACGCGCGGUUCAGGAAGCAAAGGUUCAGAUAACUAAGCGUCUUGCGCUUGUGACACCGGUCGAAUUGGGGGGAAAGGCGCAUCAGGUUCAGGAUGCAGACAACAAACUCGACCAGUGGCUCAUGUAUGCUGUGUUUGCUUGUUCUUGUCCACCUGGCAGGGAAGGAUCCAGUGCAGCUGCAACACGAGAAUUAUUCCAUCUUAUCAUUCCGUCACUAAAAUCUGGUUCUGAAGCAUCGGUUCAUGCCGCUAUUAUGGCGUUAGGGCGUUCACAUCUGGAAGCGUGUGAAAUAAUGUUCAGUGAGCUGGCAUCUUUUAUGGAUGAAAUCUCUUUAGAAACGGAAGGAAAAUCGAAAUGGAAGAUUCAAAAACCUCGACGUGAAGAACUCCGUAUCCACAUUUCAAACAUAUACAAAACGGUUGCAGAGAACAUCUGGCCCGGCAUGCUAGCCAGUAAGCCGGUGAUCCGUCUUCAUUAUUUGAAGUAUAUCGAUGAAACAACCAAACUAAUAUCAACAACACCUUCUGAGAAUUUCCAAGACUUACAAACUCUACGCCUUGCUCUUGCAUGUGUACUAAGAUCACUAGCCCCUGAGUUUGUGGAUUCAAAAUCAGAAAAAUUCGAUAUGAAAACCAGAAAACGUUUAUUCGAUCUUUUUCUCUCAUGGUGUGAUGAUUCAGGUACUACAUGUAGUCAGGAUGGUUUAAGUGAUUAUAGGCGCGAAGUUGAAAGAUACAAGUCUAGUCAGCACGCUCGAUCGAAAGAUUCUAUAGACAAAUUAAAGUUUGACAAAGAAUUGUCUGAACAAGUUGAGGCGGUUCAAUGGGCUUCCAUGAAUUGUAUGGCCUCCUUGUUAUACGGCCCGUGUUUUGAUUUUGACAAUGCAAGAAAAAUGAGCGGUCGGAUUAUAUAUUGGAUUAAUGGUCUCUUCAUCGAGUCUGCACCGCGGGCCCCGUCUGGUUAUUCACCCUCCGAUCCAAAGGGUCCGUUUUUUACUAAACGCAAUAAAAGCAGAGCAGGCCACCUUCGUGUUUCCCUUGCUAAAAUAGCGUUAAAGAAUCUUAUUCUUUCUAAUUUAGACUUGUUUCCUGCUUGCAUUGAUCAGUGCUACUAUUCUGAUGCUGAUGUGGCAGAUGGAUACUUCAGUGUGUUGGCUGAAGUGUACAUGCGUCAAGAGAUACAAAAAUGUGAAAUCCAACGGCUAUUGAGCUUGAUUCUUUACAAAGUGGUGGACCCAUCUAGACAAGUUCGUGAUGAUGCCCUGCAAAUGCUUGAGACACUAUCGGCCCGUGAAUGGGCUGAAGAUAAGAUCGACGGGUCAGGAACUUAUCAAGUUGCCGUAGUCGGAAAUCUUCCAGAUUCUUACCAACAAUUUCAGUACAAAUUAUCUUGUAAACUCGCCAAAGAUCGUCCCGAGCUGAGUCAUCUUCUUUGUGAAGAAAUCAUGCAGAGACAACUGGACGCUGUUGACAUAAUCGCACAGCACCAGGUUUUAACAUGCAUGGCUCCAUGGAUCGAAAAUCUUGAUUUCUGGAAACUGCAAAACUCGGGGUGGAAGGAAAGAUUAUUAAAAAGUCUUUAUUACGUGACGUGGCGUCAUGCAGACCAGUUUCCUGAUGAAAUCGAGAAGCUUUGGAGAACGAUUGCUAGUAAGCCGCGUAACAUCCGUCCGGUUCUUGAUUUUUUAAUCACUAAAGGAAUUGAAGAUUGUGAUUCAAAUACAUCAACUGAAAUAAGCGGUGCAUUUGCUACGUAUUUUUCGGUUGCCAAACGUGUAAGCUUGUAUCUAGCUAGAAUUUGUCCACAAGGCACGGUUGACCAUUUGGUUUACCAAUUAGCCCAACGAAUGCUCGAGGAGAGCCUCGAACCUAUCAGAGUCCACAAGAGUGAUUUUAACGGAAAUUUUAUUUUGGAGUUUUCUUUAGGUUCCGCUAUAGCCCAGCUGGCGUCUGUCAUGGAUAACCAACCGUUUCUGGUUCGAGGUUCUUUUGAUGGUCUAUUAAGGAACACAAGCGGUCGGACCCCUGUAGGCCGUCGAACCACUUCUGGUUCAGUGGUCCCGGUACCUCCUGAGAUAAGUGUUACAACUUCUAGCCAUAGGCUUCGAGGCUCAGCGGGAAAUUCAAGAAGUCGGCAUAUUUCUCGAGAGAGUGGGGAGUACCUAAUUGACACUCCAAAUUCUGAAGCUGACAGUCACGGUGUGAGUGCUAGAGAACUUAACACAGCCUUACAGGGGCAUCAGCAUCCACACCAUUCAUUAACGCAUGCUGAUAUAGCAUUAAUUCUACUUGCGGAAAUCGCGUAUGAAAAUGAUGAAGAUUUCAGGGAACAUUUGCCGUUACUUUUUCACGUCACGUUUGUCUCAAUGGAUAGCUCAGAAGACAUUGUUCUAGAACAUUGCCAGCGUUUGCUUGUUAAUUUGUUGUAUUCUCUUGGUGGUCGUCAUCUCGAACUUUACAACGUUGAGAAUAAAGACGGUGAAAACCGACAACUGGUUGUGAGCCUGAUUAAAUAUGUCCAGUCAAAACGCGGAACCAUGAUGUGGGAAAACGAGGACACCACAGUCACGGGAAUCGAGCUUCAAAGCGCAAAACUACUGUCCGCACUGGUUCAAAGCAUGGUGGAUGCCACAUUUUUCCAAGGUGAUCUAAGAGAGACUUGGGGAGUAGAAGCACUCAAGUGGGCCAUGGAGUGCACGUCCCGACACCUGUCAUGCCGGUCCCACCAGAUUUAUCGAGCCCUCCGACCCCGUGUGAACCACGAUGCAUGCAUCUCUCUUCUCAGAUGCCUUCAUAGAUGUUUAACAAACCCGGUACCGGAAGUUUUAGGGUUUAUAAUGGAGAUUCUUUUAACAUUACAAGUGAUGGUGGAAAGUGUAGAGCCUGAGAAAGUGAUUCUCUACCCCCAUCUUUUCUGGGGGUGUGUGGCCAUGAUGCAUACCGAUUUUGUUCAUGUGUAUUGUCAGGUACUCGAGCUAUUUGCUCGUGUCAUUGACCUUUUGACUUUUUCUGACCGAACGACAGAAAACGUGCUCCUUUCAAGCAUGCCACGAGAUGAGCUAGACGACAGUGUGGUCGAUAGUGAGGAUGAAGUCGAUUCACCAUCCGGUGCAGAUGGGACGGUCCCGGCUUUUGAAGGCGUGCAGCCGCUAGUGCUCAAAGGACUCAUGUCACCCGUUAGCCACGAUAUCUCGAUCGAGGUUCUAUCAAGGCUAACCGUACCCUCGUGUGAUUCAAUCUUCGGGGAAGCGCAGACUAGACUCUUGAUGCACAUCACGGGUCUGCUUCCAUGGCUCUGCUUACAUUUAAAUCCAGAUGUAGCCGUGGGUCUGAGCUCGGGCCCAGGCUCUACUUCGCCCUUUUUACAGGAACCGCAAAAGGCCCGUACGGUUUCGGCGAAUCUGGCAAUAUGGUGUGAAGCGAAAUCUUUAGACGAAUUAGCCGCCAUAUUCAUGGCAUAUUCACAUGGGAGAAUUAAAACCAUUGACAAUCUACUAGCUUGUGUCUCACCAUUAUUAUGUAGCAAAUGGGCACCAACGCAUUCGGUUCUGGCUUUCAGGCAUUUACUCGAUCUUUUAGAAAAAGGACCCGUUGAGUAUCAACGGGUUGUUCUUAUAAUACUGAAGCAACUGGUUCACCAUAUUCCAAUGGAUGCUGUUCAGAAUCAACACAUGUAUGCACUCAUUUCUCAGCUAGUUGAGAGCAGUUUGUGUUCUGAAGCACUAGGUGUGUUAGAAGCUCUUUUACAUAACUAUGCAUCCGUUAACCAUGAUCCAGCUCACUAUGAAAGCAACCUUGGUGGGGCUGAUGAGUCAGCAUUCAUGGCUCGUGGUGGACCACCGUGUGUUACAGCUAAAGAGUUGGCUUUGCGGAAUACUCGUUUAAUCCUUGGUCGGGUGCUUGAUAAUUGUGUGCUUGGUCGAAGAAGGGACUACAAAAGACUAGUCCCGUUUGUGAAUACUAUUGGUAAAACUUAACCACAUGUAUAGUAAAAGUCAACGAUUUGUAGCAGCUACUUUUUAAUCUGAAGCCUUCGUAUCUGACAUGAAUCACAACCUGGAAGUCAAAGCCCUGGAGUUUGACCUUUUAUCUGGUUUUCUGAAUUCCGAAUUAAAAACUCACAUGUUAUGCAGAAGUUUAUGUCUUCAAGCAAACAUUUGGGAGAUACUUACUUGAAGAUAUGUUGCGCGAUUCAGAAAAAUCAUUGAUUGACUUUUAGAAUCGAGCUGCGGUGUUUGAGAAGAAUGUAUCAAACUUGUAUACUUUGGGAAAGUUGUAUGAAGCUGAUCAGACAUCUGAGUUCUUAAUGCUCCCUGUGGUCUACCCAUUUUUUUUUUUUUGGAUUUUAUACAUAUUUAUACAAGUUACACCUUUAGACCAGUGAGUUUGAAAAAAGUAACCCACUAAGUCCCAACCACAAUGGAGUUGAUCUUUUUUUGUUAAGUGAUGUGAAAUGACUAAUAAUACACACGCGUUCCAAAAAAUGGUUAAACCACAAUGACUAUCCGUGUACUUAAUUCGAUAUUCUGAGUUUUUUGUUCAGGGAGAUGGCUCGUGUUGAAUCGCUUCACAACGAUAUAGAUGCAUGUAUCUUGUAUCCUUGUCAGUUACCUUUUUAAAGUUUAAACUUGUAAUUGUAAGGAAUGUUUAUAUGUUAUCUCUCUUUUUUUUUUUUUU